UAAAGUUUAAAACAUGGGAUCAUGAAGAACGGGACCUUUAAAGCAAGUCCACUGCUCAAAAACCAACACCAACACAGCAAUAGUUCACCCUAAAAAAGAAAAUCUGCUGAAAAUGUCUGUUUAGAUUUUGUGAAAUUACUUGUAGAAAAUAAAUUAUUAACAGAAAACAAUGAAAAUCUUGAGGUUUAAUUUAAAGAGCUCAGGUAAUGUAACCGCUCAUACUGAAUUCCUCAGUUGAGUUUGACGUAAACAUUUUCUCAAGCGUAGGCAUCUUAAAAAGUAACUUAGUUUCCUCUAGUGUGUCAAAAAUAAAGAGGAAGGAAACACGAUGCACAGAAAAUUAGCAACAGCUUCUACAACAGAAGGUAAAAAAAUAAAAAUAAAAAUAAAACGUCAGAGAACAACAGGGACGUAAUUAAAAUUUUUAAUUGAAUUGAAAAUGUAAUCUUAAGUAAAAUGAGACUAUAUUCAUGUAGCAUGGGGUAGCAUGAAUGAUGAUAUCAGAAUAAUUAAUCAGUAAACUGUAAUGUCCCUUCAAGUGAGUCAUAGUGAAACUGUAGGUGUCUUUAUUCAGGUUGAGCAGCUGUCUUUCAUUGAAGCCUAUGUGUGAAUUUACACAAAGUGAAGAUCAUGAACUCCAGACUCUCAUCGUUGAUUCUGCUGCUGCUCAUUCCAGGGCCUGCAACACUGGACCAGCUCUCUGUGACUUGCAGUCAAAAGAGUAUUUGUGCUGCGAAGGGGUCAGAAGUGACACUGAGCUGCUUUAACUACAACAUCGAAAUGAAAACUGGGUUCUGGUUCAGCAAGAAACAAAGUACAAACUGGAGAAAAAAUAAUGAACCUGAAGAUUUGACUUUAGACUCAGACUACUCAGGACGGGUGAAGCAGAUGGUCACAAACUACCAUUCAACACUCACAAUAUCAGACGUGAGAGAGAGAGACUCUGGACAAUAUCAGCUCAUGUUCAUCAUGAAGGAUGGAGUUAAACAUCUCAGCUCAGCAGCCGUUAAUCUAACAGUCACAGUCCUGCAGGUGAAGAUGAAUCCUGUGUUUAUAGAAAGAGACACGUCAGAUAAGAGAGUAAAGCUGACCUGUGCCUCUUCCUGCACCUCUGGAGUUUCUUAUAACUGGAUGAAGGACGGACAGGAUUUAGAAACAGAGUCCCGCGAUAUAACUGUGUCAAUCAGCCCAUAUGCUGACAAAUAUUUCUGUUUUAUUUAUCCAGACCCCCAACAUACAUCCUCUUAUCUGUGUGUUUCUCCGAGCGGCUGCUGGGAUGUGACUUACUCCUCUAGAAGAGUCUGUGCUUUAAUUGGCUCAACAGUAGACAUUUCCUGCUCAUACUCACAUCCUUCUGGUCAUACUGUAAAUAAAACAUUCUGGCAUUACGGUCGGCCUGGUGACUUCAAGGAUCUGCGUGAGGAGCAUCAGUUUACUGGUCGUGUGGAGUAUGUGGGGAACAAACUGAGAAUCAAAGAGCUCAAGAGCAUCGACUCUGGAGAAUAUCGAUUCAGGUUCAUCACUGACUCAGACCAAUACUCAGGAUCACCUGGAGUCACUCUUACUGUUACAGAUACACAAGUGACAAGGAGCCCGUCCACUGUCUCAGGAGAAGUAAAAGUGAUAUUAAACUGUUUAACUAAAUGCACUCUGAACAACAAACAUACUUACAUCUGGUACAAGAACGGACGACAGGUAACAGAUGGAUUCACUAAAGUCAACAAGCUGUACCUGGACUCAGUCAGCGAUGAAGAGCUUCAACAGUAUUCCUGUGCUGUAGGAGAUUCAGUGAACAGCACAGCGUUUAGCCAUUAUACCGUCACUCUGCUAGUGUUUUUACCUCAGUUUCUCACAAUAGCAGCUCUGUGGAUGUGGUAUUUCAUCAAAAUCUCCUUUCAUAACCAAACUGAAAGCAAAAACAAAGAGAUUCAGAUGUUCCAGAUGUCUUAAUCUAUAACUGCUGAUUGUCCAUCAGAGCUGCUGGAGUGAUGUCAUUGUGUUCUUUCAGUGACAUCAUCACCCAGCAACAGUCAGAAGUAACAUUCCAGUGAUGUCAUCAAUGACUACUUUUCACAAAUGAACAAAACUAAAACAAAACUAAAUGACUGUCCAGGUUUUAUAUUUCAGUAGAUAACUGUAACCACAGUAAUGAUGACUGUUAUUGUGGAAAAAUAAUUCUAGGUUACACUUUAUAAUACUGUUCCGUCAUAAAUGAAUAACUACACACACACACACACAAACAAACAGCAACAAUGAAAAAAACAUAUUGUGUUUUCUUGAAAUUUAAAUUCAAGCAGGGCUAUGAUCUGUUUAAACAGCUCUGUAGACUUGGAAGAGUUACUUCUGUGAUUUCCUGAAAAGGCAGCACCACCCAUUGGUCAAGAAAAAAAAAAAAUCUGUUUAUAACUAGUAGUAUAAUAAAUAAGAUGUUCUGAAAGUGAUCUGACAGCUUGGAGACAGCGACAUCUAGUGAACUGUCCUUGUUUGCUCCAAAUCUCUCUUUUGCUGGACUCUCAUCUUGGUUUGUCUGUUCGGCUGCAGA